AUGGAGAGUGUGGGGGCCGGCUCGUCGAGUCCGAGGUUUUUACCCGAAUGCCGAGGCCCCUCACAAAUAGGGUCGAGCCGCCACAGCGGCACCGUGGCGAGGAUGAGCGAGGGCGAAGACUCCGACUGGGAGUCCGCCGUCGACGCGGUGAGCGCGGGCCUGCGCGCGCUGAGACCCCCGUCCGGGCAGGUCCGCGACAGGGCCGCGACCCCGCCCAGCAGAUCACCCACCAGAUCGCCGUCCCCCGGGCUGAUGACCAACGGAGGAGCCGCGAGGCGCGCGAGCCCCAGCCCGCUCGGCGAGGCGUCGUCUUCUUCCGCGGGGGGAUCCUUCUGCGAUCCACGCGCGGACGCGGCGGCCAAAAGCUGGAUCGAUCCCUUCCUGCGCGAGGCGCUCGAGAGCGGUGGGGAUGCGCGGAUGGCGGUCCUCAGAAUAGAUGCCGAGAUCGGCGGGUUCGCGGCCGACGGGGAACGGGCGUCGCACGAGUUCUCCGGCAACGGGUACCAGCGCAUGAUCGCCCACAAGGUUGCCGCUCACCACGGGCUCGCGUCGUGCGCCGUCGUGGGCGCGGACGGCCAGGACCGAGCGCUCAUCGAGAAGGAGGGCGGAGCGACGGCGAUGGACCCGCCGGCGGUGAACCUGUCGGACGUGAGGGCAUCUCCGAACGGCGACGCGGGCAAGAACGGCGACGCGAAGAAGAAGAAGGUGACGGUCAUGAAACGAGGAGGAGGAGGAGGAGGAGGAGGGCGGGGCGGCGACCGCGGCGGGGCCGGAGGGUCCAGAAAUUCCGGCGCCGGGAAGAAGCCCGGGCAAAUGUCCGUCGAGGAGAGGGAAGCGGAGUACGAGCGCGCGAGGGAGCGGAUCUUCGGCGCCGUGAACGGGAACGAGGACAGCGGAAGGACCAGCCCCGCCACCGAGCUACCGGGGUCCGCCCCCCACGCCGCGUCUCCCGGCGCGAACGUCGCGAGUUCCCAUUCGCGUCACACGAGGUCGGAGACGCGGGCGGGGUCGAGACACGCGGGGAGGGAGGGCGAACAAACAAACAAACGCGAGGGCGGUCGGUCCGGCGGUCGACAGGCGAUCGUGAGGAACCGAGCGGCGGACUCCAUGGACCCCGACUUUGUGCGCAUGCCCCCGCCGGCGGCGUUCCAUCCCCCUCCGAUGCAGCCGACGCAGCAUAGUAGCCGGGGGGGCGGCUACUACGAAGGGGGCGGCUACUACGAUCCGCGACCGCCGCCCCCGGCGGCCGAUCCGUACGCGUACAGGGACGCGUACCCGCCCCCCCCCGGGUACGGAAGGGAACACGAACACGCGACGGACGGAGGAGGGUACGGCGGGGGAGGUUUCGGCGGCGGCGGCGACGACUUCCCCGCGCUCGGCGGCGGCGGCGGCGGAUGGAACGCGCCUCCCCAUCCGCCGGUUGGGGCGCCGACGUGGGCCCCGCCGCCCCCCGGCGCGCCUCCCCCGGUGAACCAGCCCAUGCGGGGACACGACGUACCGUUCCACGGCACGGACGCGAGGGUCAACGACGGUCCUCAUCCACCCGCGCGGCGGCAGCAGCAGCAGCAGCAGCAGCAGCAGGCGCCGCCGUUGAGGUUUGGCAACUUCCAGCAGCUCGGCAGACCCCGGUGA